AUGGCUAUAAAAAUAGAAUUUUCUGGUGGAUUAGAAGUUUUAACAGGUGACAAACAAAAUGUGGAGAUUGAUCUGAAUGAUCUAGAAUCUAAUUCGAUGAAGAACCUAAUACUUUAUGUAAAGGAAAAUAUUAUUCAGUAUAGAAAAGAUCAUUUUAUUGAGACAGGGUCUAAGAUUAAACCAGGAAUUAUUGUGCUAGUUAAUAAUUGUGACUGGGAGAUUCUAGGCGGAGAAAACUAUGUUUUAAGCAAUGGAGAUCUUGUCACCUUCAUUAUGACCUUACAUGGUGGUUAG